CAGUUGGGUGUGCCUGAAUGCUUCCUUCACUUUUACGGAGAUGGUCGUGACACAUCACCAACCAGUGGCGUUGGAUUCCUCGAAAAGACCAUUGCUUUCAUGAAAGAGCAAUCGUAUUGCCAUUUGGCGACCAUUGUUGGACGUUACUAUGCUAUGGAUCGUGAUAAGCGCUGGGAACGGAUUUGCGUGGCUUACGAAGCCAUGAUCGGUGGUAAAGGCGAGGCCUGCUCUGUCGACGAGGCUCCGGCUCUAGUGAAAAAGCGCUACGAAGCCCAAGAGACUGACGAGUUCCUCAAGCCAAUCAUCCUCAAUGGGGAAAAGGGCAGAGUGAAGGACGGCGACACGCUCAUUUUCUUCGAUUAUAGAGCCGACCGAAUGAGAGAGAUUUCAGAGGUGAUGGGAAUGGAGCGUUAUAAAGAUUGCAAAUCGUCACUGCCUCAUCCCAAAGAUGUUCAAGUUAUAGGUAUGACGCAGUACAAGAAGGAGUUCCCGUUCCCGACGCUGUUCCCUCCUCUCUCCAACAAAAAUGUGCUGGCUGAAUGGCUAGCUACUCAGAAGCUGACACAGUUCCAUUGUGCUGAAACAGAGAAGUACGCACAUGUGACUUUCUUCUUCAAUGGUGGAGUUGAGAAACAGUUUGAGAACGAGGAGAGAUGCAUGGUCCCAGUCCCCAGUCCUAAGGUGGCAACGUAUGAUUUAAUGCCGGAAAUGUCUUCAGUUGGUGUAGCCGACAAAAUGGUAGAGCAGAUUAAUGCGAAGAAGCAUCCCUUCGUCAUGUGCAACUUUGCGCCACCUGAUAUGGUUGGCCAUACAGGAGUAUACGAAGCCGCUGUCAAAGCCUGUGAGGCUACUGACACAGCAAUCGGAAGGAUUUUCGAGGCUUGCAAAGCUAAUGGUUAUGUGCUCAUGGUGACAGCUGAUCAUGGUAAUGCUGAGAAGAUGAAGGCUCCUGAUGGAAGCAAACACACGGCACACACCUGCAACCGUGUACCGUUCACUUGUAGCAGUAACGCAUUCAAAUUCAAGAAGCUCACUGAUCGAGCACCAGCUCUCUGUGAUGUUGCACCGUCUGUCCUCACCGUUAUGGGACUUCCCAUACCUCAGGAUAUGAGCGGCGUAUCUUUGUUGGAAAAAGCUUGA